AUGGAUCAUAAAGAAGAAAUCGAACAUGUUGAGUCGCAGUCAUCACCUGCCGUCGAUGAUGAUCUAGGCUUCACUCUUCGGGAGCAGCGCCAUAUUAUUCAUAAAACUGAUCGGAGGCUUAUUUCGGGACUGGGCCUGCUUCUUGCAGUCAGUCUGAUCGACCGGACUAACCUGGGAAAUGCAGCAAUUGCAGGGAUGACGAAAGAUCUCGAUUUGGAAGUCCAAUCACGAUAUUCCAUCAUUCUCUUAGUUUUCUUCAUCCCCUACGUGAUUGUUCAAUUUCCAAGCUCUAUCCUCGUCCGCAAGGUCGGCCCUCGCCAUUUCCUGUCAGGAAUCACCUUUGCAUGGGGCGUGGUCAUGAUGUGCUUUGGAUUUGUCCAUGACUGGAAGGUGAUGAUCGCGCUACGCAUUAUCCUGGGGAUAUUUGAAGCAAGUCUUUUUCCCGGAGCAGUUUACCUCCUUGCGGUGUGGUACUCGAGAUAUGACGUACAUAAGCGCUAUUCCUCCUUCUACCUCUUGAGCACAAUCGGUGCUUCACUCUCUGGUGUUCUUUCUUACGGAUUCAUGCAAAUGGCUGGGCUUGGGGGAUUAAGUGCCUGGCAAUGGAUCUUCGUCAUGGAAGGCCUUCUCACCUGUUUGAUUGCUGUGGUUGGCUAUUGGCUCCUCAUCAACUUUCCACAGGAUGCCCACAAGGCACGGAAUUUCUUGUCCCCAAGGGAGAUUGAGUUCAUUCUUCGUCGAAUUGACAGAGAUCGAAGCGAUGCGGAUGAUGAGGCCUUUUCGCUUUCUUCGUUUUUGGCACCUGCUUUGGACUUGAAGAUUUGGGGGUUCGGGUUGAUAUUCUUAUGCAGCACUGUUGUUGCGUAUGCGAUGGCUUUCUUCCAACCCAUCAUUCUAUCUCAGAAACUCGGCCUCGGUAUUGGCGCUUCACAGGCUCUGACCACGCCGCCGUACUUCUUCGCCGGUCUGCUGAUGUAUACACAGGGAUGGGCAGGAGACAAAUGGCAUAUUCGAAGUCCGAUUAUUAUUUAUAAUGCUUUACAAACCAUUGUCGGUUUGUGUAUCUUGGAAUGGGUUUCUGCCCCCGGCGUGCAGUACUUUGGUAUCUUCCUCGUUGCGGCCGGGGCUAACUCUACGAUUCCGGCUGUACUUGCUUGGCAGGCCAACAACAUCCGUGGCCAAUGGAAGCGGGCUUUCUGCAGCGCCAGCAUUAUUACUUUUGGAGGGAUCGGGGGUAUCAUCGGAGCCGUGGUUUACCGGUCUCAGGAUGCACCAAACUUCUUUCCGGGCGUGAUGGCCUCCAUUGUGUGGGUUGGAAACGCAAAUUCCUUGCCUCAUCUCGAUACUGACCUCUAUUGUAACAGGUGCAAUAUCAUUAUUCUCCUGGUUGCAGGGAUACUCGCUGUACAUUUCCACAUAUCAAAUCGGAGAGUCAGAAAGGGUACCUUGGUUAUUGAAGGGCUCCCUGGAUUUUGCUACACCUUAUGA